AUGGUGAGAUACACGGUAACAGUAUUGAAGAUAGCGGAAAUUGGGGAACUAAUUGAAUAUUACAGGCUCGCCGUCGCACAAAGAAAAGGACCCAUAUCCCACCAGCAGACCCCACCAAGAGUGCGACAGUUGGAGUUCAACCUCUCAAUGCUUCUGCUUCACGUACACCCAAGACGAUGGUAAUAAGGGUGGGUGCAAGUGAGGUCGGCCCGAGUAUCAGCGAACUUGUCCGGGACGUGCGGACAAUGAUGGAACCGUAUACCGCCUCACGGCUACGGGAGCGCAAGUCCAACAGAUUGAAGGAUUACACCACGAUGGCCGGCCCCCUUGGCGUUACUCAGCUCCUCCUCUUCUCCCGUAACGUUGGAUCGGGGUCUGCUACUCUUCGAAUUGCGCGCUGUCCGCGGGGACCUACAAUUCAUUUCCGUGUUAAGAACUACUCGCUGUGUAGAGAUGUUAGGAAGAGCUUGAGGAAUCCGAAGACUCCGGGGAAGGAGUUCGCUUCUCCACCUUUGGUUUGUUCCUUCCGCUUCACUUACCGUAGCCGUAUACUAAUUUGGGACAGCUGGUAAUGAACAACUUCUCUACACCUCAACCACCAAACGCAGACGGAACCCCCGGACGCCCACCCCCACACGAGGCGCUGCUAACAAGCAUGUUCCAAUCGCUUUUCCCGCCCAUCUCGGCUCAGCGAACGCCUCUCUCCUCCAUCCGCCGUGUCCUCCUUCUCGACCGUCAGCCGAUACCAUCAGAUUCUGGUGAAGCCUCAUCAGAAUAUAUCAUAGAAGCCCGACAUUACUUAAUCUCCACUAAGGCUGUCGGAUUAUCAAAGCCAAUCUGCCGUCUCGGCGCUGCACAGAGAGCCGUUCGCCAACCCAAGUCCUCCCGGAGGAGUACUCUACCGAAUAUGGGUAAACUGGAAGACAUUGCGGACUACAUGCUUGACCCUGCCGCCGCUGGAGGAUAUACAUCGGAAAGUGAAGUUGAAGAGGACGCGGAGGUUGAGGUUCUGCCAUCCACGUCUAAUAAACAGGCUCCUAGGAAGAAACGCACUCCCAGGGGGCCGGAAAAGCGCGCGAUAAAGUUAUCAGAGAUUGGGCCCAGGAUGAAGCUGGAGAUGUUUAAGAUCGAGGAGGGACUAGCGGAAGGCAAGGUUCUUUGGCAUGCAUGGGAGAAGAAGACCAAAGCGGAGGAGCGGGAGCUGGAGGUUAGGCACAAGCAGAGGAAAGAGGAGAGAGAUGGGAGACGGGAGGCGCAGAGGGAAAACGUCAAAAGGAAGAAGGCCGAGAAAGCUGCAGCAAAGGGAAGGGGGGGUGGGGGCGGGAAAGGCCAGGAGGAGGAUGAUGACGAGGAAAUGUGGGAUGAUGAAUAUGAUGAUGAGGAAGAAGGUGAAGAUGAGGAAAUGGAGGACAAAUAAGUGUUUUGUACAAUAGUCUAUGCUCUUCCGGGGGGGGUUGUGUGAUUAUAAUAUCCGCAGUCACCAUGUGGGGUCUUCCGUUUCUGGGGCGAAGCUUCCCGCUAGCGUUCCCCUACCCUUAUUCUUGCCUGCUAAUACAUUAGCUUGGAAAAUGGG